AUGCAGAUUGUUGGCUUUACAGUUGGGGUGAUUCCCCCUAUACGUAAAUUGAUGAUUGGCAGAGGUGCUCCACUUUAUGUGAUUGAAGACUCUGUUACCAUGUUGGGUGAUGCAGCCAUCCCAGUUAUAACUCUUAUAAUGGGAGCAAACCUCCUUAAAGGCUUGAAGGGAGCAAAUACUUCGUUUUGGACAAUUGUUGGAAUAGUAGUUGUUCGAUACAUUAUCCUGCCAAUUCUGGGUGUUCUAGUUAUCACAGGAGCAAUUCAAUUGGGUUUGGUGCAACCAGAUCCCUUAUAUCAGUUUGUGCUUCUUCUUGAAUAUGCACUUCCUCCAGCAAUGUCUAUAAGCACCAUUGCCCAGUUGUUUGGAGCUGGUGAAGGUGAAUGUUCUGUUAUCAUGCUGUGGACGUAUGUUUUGGCGUCAGUUGCAGUCACUUUAUGGUCAACCUACUUCAUGUGGCUUGUGGCUUAA